UGGAUAACGUCUUACAUUGUGUGAAAACUCUAUAAACAGUGAAAAUUGCUCGAAUGUGAGCUAUCCGUGGUUCGUGUUUAUACAGUUAGAUCUCCCAUAGUUUAGACAACUUGAAAUGAAGGACUAACUAGAACUGAAGUAAAUCGUGAACUUUCAUAAUUCUGGAAAUCAGUUUUCUAAUGUAAUAGUGAUAUAAAUAAACCUACUUGAUCGAUACCGGGAUGACUUGCACAAAUUAGAAGUCAAGAAGUGGGGGUGCAUCUGUUCAAAGAAACUAGCGACAUCUUUGGAAAUCUACCGGUAUCACUAAUCACCAACACAAGCCCGAACCAUCUUAUACCUAUGCUUGAUCCGCCAAGAAAGUGUCAAAAUUAUACUAACAUACUAGCGACAUCUGUGGAAUUAUACUCGUACUACUAACACAAGUAGGAACCAUCUUCGAUCUAUGGUCGAUCCGUCAAGUGAGUAGAGAUACCAACGAAGACACUAGUGACAUCUGUGGAAAUCUACACGUAUCACUAAUACAAGUCAGAACCAUUUUCGAACGAUCCAAUAACCGUAGUAAUACGACACAGAAACACAAGAGGGCGCUAGCUGAACCAGAACAAUCACUUGAAUAAUUGCUGAGCACUAAAUAAAACGAGCUAAGAGAUGGAGGAAAUUAUACACGAGCUUAGAAAAAUUCGACAAGAUUUGGAUGAACAGAAAACCGCAAUAGAAAAAAGUGGAGAUAAAGUGACGGAAAAAGUUACUCAAAAUAUAAACAGCAUACUGGAAGACAAGUUUAAACUAUUCAAUGAAAAAUACGAAGAUCUAAAGGAAAAAUAUGAAAAUCAAGGAAAGCGACUUUAUUUUCUGGAAAAACAAGCAAGAAAAAACAACAUCGUCUUUUUCGGAAUAAAAGAAGUGGAAACAUCAUAUUUUAACCUCGAAAAUAUCAUAGUGAACUUUAUCAAAGAACAUUUUUCUCAAGAACUCGAUCGCAGGGAUAUUCAAGAAGUCAGAAGAAUAGGCAAGAAGGGUGUAAGACCUCGACCAAUAAUUGUCACUUUUUGUACGCUUGGCACAAAAAUAAAUUUAUUUAAAAAUAGAAAUGCACUAAAAAAUACCGGUUACUAUAUAACUGAAGAUUUCCCACAAAAUAUCCUGGAGAAGAGAAAGGAGCUUCAAGAACAAGUAAGAAUCGAAAGGGAUAAGGGAAACAUUGUAAAAAUAAAAUACGAUAAGCUUGUCAUAAGUGGAAAAAACAAAACAGCUGGAAAUAACAAAAGAAUGCUUUCAACUUCACCUGAAAACAAAACUACUAAAGGAGUAGAAUCAAAUACACAGGCUAAUAAGAAAAACAAAUCUCAAACGCAAGUAAGAAGAACUUCGAGCCUAUCGGAAGGCAUUUUAAAACCGGGCAUGCUGAAUUACCUGGUCAACAGGAGCACGAACAACUCACCAGAUCCACAGCAAAAUAACAAAGUUAAUAUAUAGCAACUACCGCCCCCCUCUCGGAA